AUGAAAAACUUGGGGGCCGUUAACGUAUGCGAAGACAAAAUCCUGUUGGGUCACGGUGAGUCCAUCAUCAUCUAUAGUAACAACGAUAGGCAGAAAGAAAAGUGCAAACGUAAAGUGAGGACACCCAAAGGCGCGACGAUCGGCUUUUCCUGUUUCACCUUCAACCUCAACAGCGCCGGCUGCAGAAGCGAAUUCUUGGAGAUUUCUUAUAAAACCGGUGGUCAAAAGAUAAGGCGAAAGUACUGCACAACAGAUGCUCCCAAGAAAGUCUUCACAUCAACGAACCAAAUGACCUUGAAAUACAAGCGCAAACCAUUAAAGAGUGAGGAGUGUUCGGGAGGAUUUGUAUGUCAACUUUUCACAGCGGAAACUUCUCCAGAUGUAGCAAGACCUUACUGUGAUGGCUGCGGCCUCGUCUCCAUCAGCGCCUCCGACAACCGGAUCGUGAAUGGCAGUGCCGCGUCUGAUGGGGAAUAUCCUUACCAGGUGGCGCUAAUUAUCAGAAUAGGCGCUGAGAUAUUUAGUUGCGGGGGCUCCAUCAUCAAGAGAAGGUGGAUUCUAACAGCUGCUCACUGCUUUUACGACGACAGGUAG